GCACGCGCCAGCCAACUGCGCCAUGGAGAAGGAAGUACAUGCCUUCGACGUGCAAUCGUUCAUUGAAGAAAUCAAGAAAUGUCCAGCCCUCUGGGAUUUCUCUCACCCUAACUACACUGACAUCAAGAGAAAAAAAGAAUAUUGGAAGCAAAUAUACUCGAAAGUCGAGCGCAGCUACGAAAUUAUGUAACAGAAAGAGAAAAUUGCAGUUGGUAACGAUAUUCGUAAGAGAUGGAAAAAUAUACGGCAGAGUUUCAGACGAGAACUGGCUAGGAGAAAGGCGGUCGUGUGCGGCGAAAGCAAGAACUGGACAACGUACAAGUACUUCGACAUGCUGACGUUUCUGACACCAGUAAUGGCCGACACUCCGAUAACGGACUCCGUUUCGAAAGAAGGCGACGGAGUCGAAGAAGAGGAGCCCGAGAGCGAGCAAGAUGAUGUACAAGUGCACCCUGAAGCGUCACAGCCAGGGUCUUCUGAAUGUGAAAGAGCCGAAAAGAAAGUCAUCGAAGGUCGCUCGAGGAAAGAACAAACACCGUGUGAGCCAUCGUCCCCGAAAUCACCUGAACGUCAGGAGGUCAAGAGAAAAGCUGUCGAUGACGAUCUUCAUAUAAGAGAACUUAGUCGGGCUGUGAUACAAACACUCGCCUAGAGACGUGGUGCAGAGGCGGAAGAACACGACGACGAUAAACAUUUUUUACUAUCCCUUUUGAACGCAACGAGAUCGGUUCCCAAUCACACGAAGCUAGCGAUGCGGACAGAGAUGACGCAAAUCGUUUCGAAAUAUUGCAACAUGUGUACACUUAUUACUCAACCCCAACAUCCUCCAGUAUAGUUAUUUAGUCCUCUAACGUGGUGAUUUUCUGCUGUUAAAAUCAAUUUUUUCUCAGGUAUAGGAUAGCUCCUUGCAACCUGACAAAAGAUAUCAUCUAGCUGUUGUACCGAGUCGACAUUCUG